UUUCUCAAACAAUAAGCGUACAUCGUAGAAGCAAAAAACUAUGGCUUUAAGUUAUUUCACAGAAAGUGAAGCUCCGAGAGACUUUCGAAUAUCCUCCACGGAGAGUGAAGGACAUUACACAAAGUGCCUACUAUGUUAUACGGUGAAGAAAAACUUCUACUGCCCGGAUUGCAUUCGGGCGGGCAACUUCGUACAUUCAUCGAUGCCUUAUGCAGACAGAUUCUCAGAGAAACAAGGCAAGCUGUUACGUUUGAAAGCGAACAGAAAGCACAUUCUUGACCGCUGCGAGAAGCUGAUGGCCGGCAAGUUGAAGAAAGACAGCUUAAUAACAGAGGCCAAACAGUCGCGGGACAAACUGGACCUGCUGCGGCUGGCUAUUGAGCAGCGGAGGAAUGGACUGGAUGAGAAGAGGAAACAAUUGACGGAGCUCACACAACUUAACAAUGAGCUAAGGUUAAAGCUCCCCCGCUACCAGAAGCGCGUGUCGCACCUGGCGUCCCACGCGGCCGUUCAGAGGCUGGAGCUGCACACCAGGCACAACGCCUGCGCCGACAGAAACGCGGCCUUAGCGGCGCUGCGGAGAGAGAGGGUGCGGCAGCUUAACAAAUAUAUAUUCCCCGUUUACAUCAGUUUGGAUACCAGCGACAGUAUAGAAGACAUGGAGUUCCUGGGCGGGGAGCCGGAGGAGCAGCCCGCGCCGCGCACUCGGCUGCACGUCGUCUCGCCCUGGCUGUGUGCCGACGGGGACCACUCGCAUGUUAUCACCUGGGGUGAGUUCGCACAGUUGGGGUUUAGAAGAAUAAUCAUCAAAAAAUAUUCAUAA